UCAUCAAACACAUUGUGCUCACUCAACAAUGAAGCUCCUCAGAUUCUCUUACCUCGCUCUGUUCAUAGUCUUCCUCGCUGGGUUGCCGGAUACUGGAAUCGCCCAUGAUUAUAGAGAUGCAUUGUCGAAGGCAAUCUUGUUCUUCGAGGGCCAGCGAUCAGGGUAUCUGCCGGUUGACCAGAGAAUGAGAUGGAGAGACCAUUCAGGGCUGAGCGACGGGUGGACUUACAACACAGACCUCACCGGCGGCUACUACGACGCCGGCGACAACGUGAAGUUUGGAUUCCCGAUGGCAUUCACCGCCACAAUGUUGGCCUGGAGCGUCGUCGAAUUCAGAGAUGAGAUGCCUCCUGAGGAGCUUCGGAAUUGCCUCGUUGCUAUUCGCUGGGGUACCGAUUAUCUGCUCAAGACUGUGUCUCAGCCCGAUCGAAUUUUUGUUCAGGUGGGGGAUCCAAGCUCAGACCACAACUGUUGGGAGAGGCCAGAGGACAUGGACACAGACAGGACGGUUUACGCCAUUGACGCGCCAAAUCCAGCUUCUGACAUCGCCGGCGAAACAGCGGCGGCACUGGCCGCUUCAUCCAUGGCGUUCCGGUCGUCGGACCCCGGAUAUUCCGAGACACUGCUAAGAAAUGCGAUCAAGGCCUUUCAGUACGCUGAUAACUACAGAGGUGCUUACACGGACAAUGAUCACGUCAGGGACGGUGCUUGCCCUUAUUACUGCAACUUUGGAGGCCAUCAGGAUGAGUUGUUAUGGGGAGCGGCAUGGCUGAGGAGGGCAACAGGGCACGAUGAUUUCUUGAACUACGUUCAGUUCAAUGCCAAAGCAUUCGGUGCUGACGAUAACAUCAAUGAGUUUGGCUGGGAAAACAAGCAUGCUGGCCUUAACGUUCUUGUCUCCAAGGAAGCGGUAGAAGGAAGCUUGUACUCUCUACAAUCCUACAGGGAGUCAGCAGAGAGCUUCAUGUGCACACUGAUACCCGAAUCACCAACCUCACAAAUCCAAUACACUCCUGGAGGUCUCAUUUACAGACCUGGAGGCAGCAAUUUACAGCAUGCCACCUCCCUCUCUUUUCUUCAGCUUGUCUACGCCAAUUAUCUCUCUCGCUCCUCCCAAACCCUAAAUUGUGGGACCCUCUCCGACAUCACUCCUCAAGCCCUUCGUCGUAUAGCCAAGAGACAAGUUGACUACAUCUUAGGCGACAACCCCAUGGGACUGUCCUACAUGGUCGGAUAUGGAGAUCAUUACCCUCAAAGGAUUCACCAUCGUGGCUCUUCUGUGCCUUCCAUUAAAGACCAUCCUCAGUUCAUUUCAUGCAAGGAAGGCUCCGUCUAUUACAAUUCUUCUAACCCUAACCCUAAUCUUCUUGUCGGGGCUCUCGUUGGAGGGCCUGAGGACGAUGAUGAGUACGAGGAUGAUCGAGCCAAUUUCAGAAAGUCUGAACCCACUACAUAUAUUAAUGCUCCUUUUGUCGGCGUUUUAGCGUACUUUGCCGCUCAUCCUGACCCUUGAUCCAUUACUCAUGAUGACACAAUGACGGCAUAACUUAAGAACAGGUAUUUUUAGGUAUUUAUUGUCAGGUUCUUCACAAGAAGUCGCGCCUGCGAUGUUGAUAUUGCUUUUUACAUGUGAUUAAGUGUUUUGAUCGAAUAAAACCUAUUCGGCUAUUCACAUGUUUUACAUAUAUAUAUAUAUAUAUAUAUAAAUUACUGAAGAACUUGAGUAAAUACUUAAAAGAACAUUUCUUAAGUCUUUUCUCUCUCUCUCUCUCUCUCUCUCU